UCCACUGUUACACUGCAAUCUUCUUCUCUUCACAAACACCUUUGCAGCAUGGCCCGGCCACAGCAGCGAUACCGAGGCGUACGCCAGCGCCACUGGGGCUCUUGGGUUUCCGAAAUCCGCCACCCAUUGCUAAAGACAAGAAUAUGGCUUGGGACAUUUGAGACGGCAGAGGAUGCAGCAAAGGCAUAUGAUGAGGCUGCAAGGAUCAUGUGUGGCUCCCGAGCUCGGACAAACUUCUCCUACGAUCCGUUGUCGUCUUCAUGGCCAUCUACGCACCUUCUUUCACCUACUCUAAUGGCCAAGCUGCAGAAAUGCCACAUGACUUCUGUCUCAAAGGGCAAUAAACUAGCUGUAGAUAAUAAGCGAAUGGAGGCACAUAAAAUGAGUGGAAAUCAUGAAUUUCUGGGGAAAUCAGAGAAUGUGCAGGAAUUCAAAGCUGCUGCUGCUGCUGCUGAUGAUGAUGGCAUAGAGCAGAUGAUAAAUGAGUUGCUUGAUCAUGGUUCAAUUGAGCUUUGUUCCACUCUGGGAAAUUCAUCUAUUUCUCAACAAUAAUGAAAUACUACUAUUUUUCUCGUUUCACAAUAUCA